CCAUUGAGAUGGCAGAGAGAGAGUCCACUCAAUCAUCUGAGUGGCUCUUAUCAGGGUCUUCGUCCACCUCCAAACGCAUCAGUUCUCCACUCUCGAAUGCAAUCCGAUCCAGAUGUCUUCUAUCAGGAUGGUCCGUGGGAUGCCUUCUGUUGUUGGCAGGAGCGUCGUCAACCCAUUGUUGAUGACUAUGAGUGGUACCAGGGGCCGACUUAUGAUGAUGAGUAUGGGGAGACCUGGCAGCAAUCAAGAUCUUUUGAAGGACGAGAUCGAAAACCUCAUCGUCUGCCUUCCACCCAUCUUCAACCACCUUCGGGCGAUUAUGGAUGCUGGUAA